CUCGACCUGCAUCCUGCCCGCUGUCUGGAAUAUGCAAGUUAUCGCGAGAAAACGACACACCCUAAUUCCCGUCGUAAUAAGAGCCUACCACUCUGCACAUGUCGCUAAGUUAGCACAUUUUGCGUGAGAACAUUGGCCAGACAUCAAAGUAAACUAACACCAUGCACGAGGCGCAAGGUCAGCAAAACGUCAGCAGAGGAGCCACAACGCGAUGCGGGUUGGUGGCUUGAGCUAAGUUAGGGAUAAUUAUAAGUUUCACUUUAUACUUGACAACUAAGCCGAGAUGACGGCAAAUAAAGUAAUUUUGAAUUAAACAUUACAUUUGAAUAAUUGGCGCCCAACGUGGGGCCCGCGAGUGAAAAGUUUAAUAGAAAAAUAUGAAGUUCUUAACUCGACUCGUGUAACUACGACAGCUGGCUCACUUAAAAUCAACAACAAUCAACUACUUGGACUCAACGUGGACUUAAAGAAGAGACAACCUUUGGCCCGAUCAACUAACCGGAAGAACCUAAUCUAUUCAAAUCCAAUGGAAGGAUUUCUGUGAUUGGUGCUGAUAGCUCAUAAAAUCUCAUGAACUCGUCUACAUGGAUGUCUUUAGCCGGUAUACUUAGAUCGGAAAGCAUUUGUUACUCUUAUAACUGUGAGUUUAAACAGCGCAAUUAUUGGUCUGGUAUAGGUUAUGUCUUGUGCCUGUAUCCAAACUGGAGCAGCAUAUAGUAGUACUGAGCUCAUCGCUUUUGCGAUUAGAAGUCGACGGCUGGAGCACACAGAGCUCCAUUCUUGAUAUUAUUGGAGCCCAAUAUUAUCUCUAAAUACUUCUACUGUGGCUGUGAAGUAAUCGCAUACUCUUCUAUAGUGCGAGUUAUUUUUUCCUAAAAUUUUCUGGAGGUUAUGAGCAAUACUUUAGUUUUGUGCUUAGCCAGUUCCACACUCAUGGGAGCCAACCAUUGGCGUACACCAUUUAUGCAUUCAUAACAUUUAUUUUGAUCGUCAUCAAGUUGUUAGCUACUCCUACCACUAUAUGGUCAUCACCGCAACAGCGGCAAUAUGGCAAACGGAAGGGAGUAGUUUCAAAAAACAAACAGCGGGAGAGGAAACGGGUUUGUCUGGAUAGAAAAGAAAGCAUUACGGUAAUAAGUUGCUACCUGACACCGAGCGACCCUAUUACAGAAUUCCAAGCAAAGCUCGAUGCUAUAGAGGAUGCUGCACGACAAAGAAACCGUCACUUAAUCAUAGCCGGAGACUUCAACGCCAAGGCCACGGAAUGGGACACACCACUUUACAAACUCAAGGGGGCGGAAAAUUCUGGACAUGGCGGCUAGAUUAGGCCUUAUCGUCGCAAAUAGGGGAUCCCAAACUACCUUCAGAAGACCAGGAUGCAACGGCACAACCCCCGAUAUCACGCUGGUAUCCGAAGGAUUCGCAAGCCAGCUGCGCGAGUGGAAAGUCUUGAAAGACUAUACUGGUAGCGACCACCAAUACAUAUCCUACCUCAUAGGCCCAGAUAAAAAUCCAGCAACGACGAUAAGAAGAGGAACACGUAAAUGGAACGCUUCUAGGCUAGACUCAGAAAAGCUUCUCGCAGCCGUAGAUGAAACACCACCAAAAUAUCACGCAAGUAGCACAGCUAGGCUGAUCGUCCAAGCAACUCUGAGCACCAUCACUGAGGCAUGUAAAGUAGCAAUGCCUAAAAUAAAAGGCGGACAUCCAAAGAAAGAAGUUUACUGGUGGACGGACGAAAUCCGCAACCUUAGACAAACUUGCCUGUGCAAAAGACGACGAUAUACAAGAGCUAGAAGAAGAGGAAGAAACGGAACGGAAGAACAUAAGGAAUAUAAAGCUGCGAAAACUGAGCUGAAAGACGCAAUAACAAGGACAAAGAAAGAUAAAUGGGAAGAGCUACGUAACGAUAUAAACAAAAAUCCGUGGGGUCUCGGAUACAAGAUUGUGAUGAAAAAACUCGGAGCAAAACAGGCCACCCCUGAGUUAAACGCCGCAGCUAUGGAGAACAUCGUAAACACCCUGUUCUCAACCCAUGAUCUGGGAAGAGACCCACCAGAACAUAAACAAGAGAGCUCAUGUCCGCCUUUCACAUUGGAGGAAAUGAAUACUGCAGCAAACACUCUAAAGACCAGAAAAGCCCUUGGGCCUGAUGGGAUACCGGUGGAAGUGCUAAAGCUAAUCGCUACGGAACGCCCGCACUUACUGCUAUCCAUGUAUAAUGCAUGUCUGAACGAGGGCAUUUUCCCAGAAAUAUGGAAUAGGCAGUAUCUGACCCUAAUAAGCAAAGGCAAAGGAGGCCCAGGAACACCAUCAGCAUACCGACCCCUAUGCAUGCUAGAUACAGCAGGAAAGUUGCUAGAAAGACUGCUGAAACCCCGCAUCAUAUCCGCCAUAAACGACGCUGGAGGCCUAUCAGAGCGACAACACGGAUUCACACCAGGCAGGUCCACCAUCGGAGCUGUGGAAGACGUCGUGCGCAGCGUGGAGGAAGCUCAUCGGAAAAAUAACUUCUCGAGACCAAUAGUCCUCCUCGCAACAAUUGACAUAAGGAAUGCAUUCAAUAGCGCAAAAUGGGCAAAUAUGAUCGACACAGGCAUGGUUGGACUCACACGGCCUCAGCCUAGCCGCAGAAAAAACAGAACUGAUCCUGCUCACUAGGAAACACAUCCCGCUGGAGGAAAACAUGCAAGUCCAUUCAGAAACUAUCCAAACGACGAAAACCCUAAAAUGCCUAGGAAUAAGAAUGGACAACAAAUUGACGUACUGGGCUCAAAUCCAGCACGCUGCAAAAAAGGCAGCCAAUAUAACAAUGGCGCUAUCAAGACUCAUGGCAAACACCGGUGGCCCACUUGCAAGCAGAAGGAAAUUGCUUAUGGACACACUGUGUUGUACUAUUAUACGGGACCGAAAUAUGGGCCGACACAUUAAAGGUAGAACAUGGAACGAAAGUGCUAGCAAAAGUGCAGAGGACAGCAGCCCUAAGAGUCGCCUCGGCGUACCGCACUGUAUCCGAACCCGCAGUGCUAGUGAUAAGCGGCGUCAUCCCAAUAGAUCUUCUCGCAAAGGAGAGAAGACAACUCUGGCUAUGGAAGAAAGACGGAAUAGAAAUACACAUGGCCACAAGACAACAGGCGAGGAAGCAAACUUUUGAACUCUGGCAAGAUCGGUGGACAAAAGAGAGCAAAGGAAGAUGGACCGCCAAACUGAUUAAGGAAAUAGAGACGUGGCACAGCAGAAAACACGGCGAGGUAAAUUACUACAUAACACAGAUGCUGUCUGGACACGGGUAUUUCCGCAAAUACCUGUACAACAUGGGAAAAACAGAAAGUCCAGCAUGUAUUUAAGGAGACGACCCGCUAGAUGAUGCAAACCAUACCUUUUUCAAGUGCCACCGAUGGAAAGAAGCCCGAAGAACUGUAGAAAACAAGCUCGGAGAACUAAGUACGGAAGAUAUUUCAGGAAAAAUGAUAGCAAGCAAGGAAAACUGGGAAACAAUUGCCGGGUACGUAGAACUUGUUUUACGCACUAAAAAAAGAGACAUGGAUGCGGACUCGAAUAGAAGAUGAGCCAAUAGCUUAAUGCUGGCUAGAAAACCGUAGGCAUCCCUGGACGCAGGGAGAGUAGAAACUGACCUGUAAUGGUCCAUCCUGGAAACCUUGCCCUGAAGUAAUGCGAAAGCGGUCCCGGGGUAGGGAAAAGUCCAUGAUAGAAGGGGGGAGUGUUUUAGUGGGUACACCACUCACAUAGGAUGACGAUCCCUAUACGGUGCGAAGGCAUUUUUAGUCAAUUUUUAGGCAAUUUUAGUUCAAUUAAAUUCCAACUUAUAAAAUGCCUAAACAAAGUUUAAAAAGCAAAAUAAUCGAAUUUAAAAUAAGUUCUGCUAUUCAGGAAAUGGACUUUAUUGAAGGUAUUUGCUUAUUAAAUAAUCAGAAUUUUAAGGAUUCAAAAAAUGCUUUGUAAAAAAUUUGCAGACAUCUUGCAUAAUUUGCUGAUUGUAAACAAAAACAGCUGUUAAUAGCAGAUUUUCCAAUAAGAAAAUCUAAAUGGAAAUGCCAUUCGCUUAGUUUUAUUUAUUUUUUGUGCUGCCAUUUAGUAAAAUUCCAACGAUUUUCUAACACUGGAAAUAAGCAAACAACCACACAAUCUGUAAACAAGGUCCCAGGUUGGUCAACUUUGGUUAUUUUGUCAUAACGCAUUUUGUUGUUGUUUACUUAAUCACAUAACCACAUAACCCGAUAACCACCUUAUCGUGAACAGCCUAUAAAUGGUCAUCCGCGUAUGCUAUUAGUAAAGAAAUUUCACCCAAAAAAUUGGGAGGAGCAGCUAUAUUAUUAGAAGCUUUUACUAAAAACCACCACGAAGUUAUUAAAGACAUCCUCUUUGAAGUUGGUUGCCUUGCCGUGGCGAAGGGGCUUAAGUAAGAAUAAAGUGUGCAUCCCAAAGGAAACGCACUCUAAUCUUACGAACUAAGAGGGACACUUUAUAAUUUCCCACAAUAGUGGUAUGGAUGAAUAAACCCUAGGUUUUACGCCCAUCUCCUAUUGUGGAAUUGUGAGGAUACCCGAAUCAACACCACCCUAAGCCAAGGUGUCGAGGUACCCGUGCCAAGGGCUGAAUGGUCAGCGGGGGGUAAUAAAUAGCUGAUCGCGAACGGUCCCCUCCGAUGCCCGGGCGAGGUCGGAGGUAUAAAUCGCCUUCUCUCCGUAUACCGGCUCUGCGGACGAGUGACCAACCCUUUCCGGAUUACUCGUGGGACCAAAACAACAAACAAACAAACAACUUAACAACAACAACAACAACAACAACUACAACAACCAUGACGACGACAACAGCGACGACUACGGACAUGAGUUAUAGGAUUCCUAUCACGGAAUCCGAAGAGGACGAAUUGCUUGCCUCCAGCCAGGAGACAAGUAAGAGUACUACCGGACGUACCAACCAAAGUACACCGGUAUAUACAGCAGACAAACCAUCAAAUUUAAGGGAGGAGGCGUCCACCUCCAAAGCUGCCAUGAGCACCAACCAAAGUGCACUGGCGGCUAAAGGAGACAGCAGAAAGAAACGCAAAAAAUCCCAGAAUCAGCUGAGAAAAAACCGGUACCAGAGGGCAGUCUUCAUACUAGGGAAGAUAGCCAAAGGACAGGCAGCCGGUACCCCAGUUGAUGAGGCUGAAACAAAGCGCCUCAAAUCUAUUGUAGAGGAAUAUGAGAGCUACCUGAAAAGGAAGCAAUCACAACCUCAAGAAGAGAGCAAACGAGAGAGCACUUCUCAGAAGAGAAAUCGCUCCACCACAGAAGUACCCGGAGCUCAGCCCAAAAAACCGAGGAGGAGUGAGGGUGAACACAGCAGUACAACAACGGCAAGGCAUUUCUGCGAUGUAGCCAGGGAUAGCCUGCAGGUGGCCAUAAUAGAUGGGAAAUCCUCCUCUCCGAGCACUAUUCAGGAGAGAUGGGUGGAGAUCGAUGUCAGAUUGUCGAGUAUGGUGCUAAGCUAUGUACUCGACAAUCCUGCGGGUCCCCACCCGGAGUUUGACUCCUCUGAGACCUUCAGGGGCUACAGGGUCAUCAAGUGCGCGGACCAGGCCUCGCUAGAUUUCCUGACGGGUAGUGCUGCUAAAAUUAGCAACGCCUUUGUAGGCCUCCAAUUGAGGCUUAUACCCGCUAGGGAUAUUCCAAAGAGGCCUCGGGCUCGCAUUUGGUUACCCCCACUAGAGGAGCCAGGCGAAAAACUCCUGAGGUGCAUUAAGCUGCAGAACAAAUCUAUACCUGGUAUAGAUGAGUGGCAGCUUAUAAAGGAGGAAAACCCAAACAAAGCAAGCAAGCCAAUACUAGUGGCCAUUUGUGAUGAGUCCAUUGAGGCUCUGAAGAAGACUGACAAAAAAAUCAGCUUCGGAAUACGCAAGGCAAGAAUAAAAAUCUUCCAAGGCGACAAAGCGGCUGACGAAGACGACACGGAAGAGGUCGACGACGCCAGCCAGUUGCUAAGGAAUGUGGGCAUUGAAGAACCCCGAGAUGCCCAAUAACAACAGCAUAAGAUGCGUACAGAUUAACCUGUAGCACUCGAAGAGUGCUACAGCCAAUCUGACAACCCUCGUGAACGAGGGGGGCAUCGACACAAGCCUAAUACAGGAGCCCUGGGUCAAUGAAGACUCCAUAAAAGGGCUAAACAGCAGCAAUUAUAACCUGUUUUACACGCGGAACAGAGGUAAACCUAGGGCAUGCAUUCUUAUCAAUAAAAGUAUAAAUGCAUUUCUUUGUCCUAAUUACAGCACAGCAGAUAUCACAGUGGUGAAGGUGGAACAGAAGGAAAAGCCCUUCUUCUUGGUCUCGGCCUACUUGGCCCAUGACGAAGACAUACCACCGGCCCCGCUCACCAGGCUAGUAGAGUAGAACAAGAAGGAUGAUGUCCUAAUAGGGUGUGAUGCAAAUGCAAGGCACACCGUAUGGGGUAGCUCCAUUAGAAACACCAGAGGUGAGUCACUCUUGCAGUAUAUUUUGAAUAGUAAUCUAAGUAUUUGCAACAAGGGCGAUAAGCCAACUUUUAUUUUUCCCAAGCUCACGCUAUCAACAGACACAGACAGUCUCGUUGUGGAGGGUGUCCGAGGAGCCUUCCAUGUCGGAUCACUCCUGGAUACUCUUCAGCAUCCGCGAGAGGUACAGUCCGCCUCUCACAUACCGGAACCCUAGAAGAACGGCAUGGGGAAAAUUUACCAGUAUAGCAACAAAAUGCCUCGAAAAGGGAGGCAAUAAGAGUAUCAGAAAUCCAGAGGAACUAGAUUCAGAAGUAGAGAAGUUGGAAAAAAUCCUAAUCACAACUUUUAUUAAAUCUACUCCGCUAACAGUUUUGAAAAAGAGAAAGUCUCUUCCUUGGUGGAACAGUGAACUCAAGAAUUUGAGAACACAACUAAGGAAAGCUUUCAAUGAGAGUUUUAGAACUAAAAUAUGGCAGCCAUAUAAAACCUUAUGAAGGAAUACAAAAAAGCAGUCAGGAAAGCUAAAAAUGACUCAUGGCGAGCUUUCUGCACAUCGAUUGAAAGUUGCAGAAAAGCCGCUAGGCUGAGUAAAAUGCUAGCCAAAGACCAUAUUAAUACUGCCUACAUUAGGGCGGAGGGAAGUGAUUGGACCUCCUCGGCAAAAGAGUCUCUGGAGGUACUAAUCACAACACACUUCCCCGGGAGUCAGCAAACACCUUCAACGAGGGUUCAACCGGAACCACCGGUGAACGCAGCUGACUGUCGAAGCCAAAUAGUAGACAAAAGAAAAAUCAAAUAUGCUAUAAAUUGUUUUGCACCAUUUAAAGCGGCAGGUCCUGACGCGAUUAUGCCCAUAAUGCUGCAGAAACUGGUAGAACCAAUGGCUCUAAGGCUUGAAAAUAUAUACAAAGCAAGCAUUCAACUAUCUUACAUCCCAAGAAGUUGGAAAAGGAGUAAAGUUGUGUUUCUUCCGAAACCAGGCAGAAGAACGCACGAGAACGCCAAGGAUUUUAGACCUAUAAGCCUUACCUCAUUUAUGCUGAAGGUACUAGAAAGGCUAAUAUAUAUACACGUAAGAACAAUAAUGGCGGAGAAGUUAUCGAAGUCCCAACAUGCGUACAUAAAGGGCCGAUCAACCGAAACCGCCCUUCACGAAGUGAUAAGUAUGACUGAAAAAUCACUGCACCACAAACAAUACACCAUGGCUGCUUUUCUAGACAUAGAGGGCGCUUUCAAUAACAUAGAAGUAAAUACGAUAAUUAAUUCUCUGGCGCAUGGGGGCAUAGAUGACACUGUGUACAGAUGAAUACUAUCGAUGCUUGAGAAUAGGAAGAUUAUAGCUUCAAACGGCGCUGCAACACAAACAAGUUAUGUGAGUAGAGGGACGCCUCAAGGGGGGGUCCUCUCUCCGCUUCUAUGCGUUGUAGCGCUGAACGAAAUACUCCUCCAAUUAAACGGUGGAGGAGUGAAAGCAGUAGCGUAUGCAGACGAUAUAGUGUUGUUGGUAUCAGGUAUGUUUCCUUCAACAGUCAGCGAGAUUAUGGAAAGAGCACUUCGUAGGUUAAACCUAUGGGCUAAAAGCAAUGGUCUAGGAGUUAACCCGAACAAAACAGAACUGAUGCUAUUCACUAGCAGAACCAAAAUACCUCAGUUUCAACUUCCGGUACUAAACGGCACAACACUCACUCUAUCCCCAACAGCUAAGUAUUUGGGGGUGGAGAUUGACGCCAAACUGUCCUGGAAAAUAAAUAUAGAAAAAAGAAUAAACAAAGCAUACAUGGCCUUCUAUACUUGUAAGAAAAUUGUCAACAAGAAUUGGGGCCUCAAACCAAGUAUAAUCAUGUGGAUGUACACGGCGGUCAUAAGACCCAUACUCACAUAUGGAGCUCUGGUAUGGUGGCCAGCGCUAAACAAACUGUACAACAUUAGAAAAUUAAAUGGAAUACAAAGAGCAGCAUGUGCGGGUGUUACAGGCGCAAUCAGGUCAUGUCCGACUGAUGCGCUCAAUGUGAUCCUGCAUCAACUACCAAUGGACAUUUUUAUUCAAAAAACAGCAGCUAUUGCGGCGAUAAGAAUAAAAGAAUUGGGAGGUUGGAAUCAGCAGAACUACGGACAUAGUGUAAUCCUAAACAAACUCACUAUUAAUAAAUCAGACUACAUUCUCCCAAAGCUGGAUUUCAAUAGACACUUCCAGGUGAGGAUACCAUCUAGACGAGAAUGGAGAAGAGGUUCAAUUGCAGAGGAGGGUACCACCUCAGUCUAUACCGACGGGUCCAAAAUGGACUGCGGAGUGGGCACGAGGGUAUUCUCCGCAGAUCUGGGCAUAUCUCUCUCUAUACGUCUACCGAACUCGGCUAGCAUCUUCCAAGCAGAAGUACUAGGCAUAGAAAAAGCCUGCGAAGUUCUAUUAGAAAACCACGGGAAUAUACAUAAAGCAACUAUAUUUACGGAUAGCCAGGCGGCCCUCCUGGCAUUGUCUUCACCCAUGACAAAUUCCAGUAUAGUUCACAACUGCAAGAGAGCGCUAAGCUCAAUAAAAGACAAGCUCCAGCUAAACUUGAUCUGGGUUCCCGGCCACAGGAACAUUUUCGGUAACGAAAAAGCAGAUGAGUUGGCAAAGGCAGGAGCUUUCCUCAAUGAAUCCGAGGCGGAGCUCAUACCGAGCCCGCUAGGAUCGAUCAAAGGAGAGAUCAAUAGACAAUUUCAACAAAUUGCUAACAACAGGUGGAAAAACAUUACAAAAUGCGUCAUAGCUAAACAAUUAUGGCCAACAUACGACAGGAAAAGAACCAACGACCUAUUAAAUAGGUCAAGGAAAAGUAUAUACAGAAUAACAGCUACCACAACAGGGCACUGGCCAUUUGGGGAACAAGCGUCCAAAAUGGGUAUGCCCUACAACGACAUCUGCCGUGGCUGCGGAGUAGCAGGGAACAAGGAAACAAUCUUCCACUUUCUCUGCGAAUGCCCAGCUCUGGCACAGAUCCGACACAAAACACUCGGAAUCCACCAAGCACCAAACCUUGAAUGGAUUUCCAACAAAAGCAUAUCGGACAUAAGUAGUUUCAUCGAAACCUCAAAAUGGUUUGAGAGAGAAGGUGGAACGUAACAGCAGAUACAGGAGGUUCCACGAACAGUGUAUCAAAAUGGCACAUCAGUGCUAAUUGAGCCCGAUAGGGCUGCACUCCUACCUACCUACCUAUUAAAGACAUAAAAUUUAAUAACGCCUUAUUAAUAAAUAAGCAUCGACUUCCUUAUCGUUCAUAAGUAAUAUUGGCCAAACAAAAAAUCCAGAUGAAUUAUCGCGCAAUCGAUAGCGUGAUCAAAAAUAUGAGAUGAUAGAAAAACUCAAAAAAAACUAUCAAUAUUUAUUUGCUACGUGGCAUCGAAAUGAGAAUGGUAUCUGUGGUAUAAAAGUUUUUAAUAAGUGGGCGUGAUCGCGCUAAACGGAAUAAUAUGGAGAACGUAUAGUAAUUCAAAAGUAGUAGAUUACAAUUUUCAAAAUAGUAUAACUAUUCAUAAUCUAAACACAAAUAAUAAAUAAAACACAAAUAAAAAUAAAUAAAAAUAAAAUAUGUUUUUCCCUUGUUUGUGUAACAAUAUACAUACAUAUGUUCAUGAAGCGUUCGAAAGUAAACAGGACUUUUUGAAUCUAGCGUCUCCUGGUGGCGUCAUCUACUUGUCGACUGGUGCGUUAGAAUCUGCUAUCUUUAUCGAUUGUCCAGUGACAUUUCAUCGAUUGGCAAUGAAAUUAUUGCGUUUUAAGUGUCAGUAUGUUUGUGUUAUCAGUGCGAAAAUGAGCUUCGAACAAAAAGCGAAUAUUAAAUUUUGUUUUAAAAUUGGUCAAAGUUAUACCGAAACGUUUCAAUUGAUGAAACAAGUUAAAGGCGAUGAUUGCCUAUCCCUAAGUAGAGAGCACGAGUGGUUUCAACGUUUUCAAAGUGGUCGUGAGGACAUAAAUGACGAUCAACAUGUGGGCCAAUCAAAAUCCGUGAUCAGCGGAAAUUCCAUCGAAACUGUGCGUGAAUUCAUCAAAAAACUGAAAUCAUCAUUGAAAUUCAUGGAAUGGAACGUCUGCAAAAUAUCGAUUUAUCGCAUUUGGACCGAACAUUUGGGCUUACGAAUGAUGUGCACGGUUUGUUCCGCACAAAUUGACUGACGACCAAAAAUUGCUCAGAAUCCAACAUUCGAUCGACGCUUGUGACCGAUUAAUUGGCCAAAAAUCACAUUUUAAGCAUUAACCAACCCCUCCCCGUAUUCACCUGAUAUGGCACCGUGCUACUUUUUCCCUUUUCGGAAAAAUCAUUUGCCCAUGAAAGGGAAGCGUUAUGCAGACGUAGAGACCAUUUAAAAAGUUUUCACCUGCAUACUGGCGGUCAUACCGGCCAACGAGCUAAAACAUUCCUUUGACAUGCUUUGGACCGUGCAAAAAGCUGUAUUGAAGCAGAAGGAGACUAUCUUGAAUAAAAUAAAUUGAUUUUGCCGAAAAAAUCAUUUGUUCUGUUUGUUCCUGUUUACUUUGGAACGCACCUUGUAUAUGGUAAACGGGAAAUCAAAUAUGUAAAAUUUUUAAAACCCUUUUAUCAAAGUUGUAAUGUUUUUUUUUUAUUUCAUUCGUAAACGAGAUUUUUGUUUGUAUUAACGGAAUAAGUUUAGUUUUUUAAUUUUGGAUGACCCAAUAAUAAGUUAUGCUGUCCACGACGAGAGCAUUUUUCUGUGAGAUACUCUGGGAAAUGAGGUCUCAACAGCUGAAUUUUCAACAUUUUUAUAUCAAAAUUUCAGGAGAAAUUGUUCAAAUAUAUACCUUGUAUAAGCCAUAAUAAAUUUUUCAAAUAUAUGAUUGAUUUAAAAACGAAAAUUCAUAAAUUACCUUAUUUUUUUGUAUCUCUGAAACCCACCUAACCCCUUAAAUGACGCCGCAAACAAAAAUAGCAAACGUUUUUAUAAUUCUAUUUAUGUUUUUCAUUAAAGGGAACCUUAGCUUUAUUAGAGUAAUUAAAUAUGGAAAUUUUAUAACAAUGCAAUAUUUUUAAAAAUAAAACAUAAAAUAUACAUGUUGUGGAACCCAAGACAGAAUUGCUUAGCUGUCAGCAUUGCAAACCAAUUCUGAUUAUCAAUGGUGUAUCAAAACUGUACUAAUGCCACAAAACUUGCAAAUGAAUUCAUUUGGAAGCAAUCCCAUUAAAGUGUUUAAUAAGUUUUGAAUUAAAGGAAUAUUUUAAGAGAUAAUAUUUAUCGAAUGAAUAAAGACGCAUUUGGGUGUUUAAUUACGUUUAUUGUUUUGUAAAUCUUCUUUAAGAGGAGAGCCAGCUUUAGAACCUUCAUUAUUAAGAAUAUUUCCCAAAAGUUAUAGAUGAGAAUUCGAAAUAUUGUGGAAGCUAGAAGGGAAAUAAUGACCGAGCGUUUAGCAGAUACAUAUACAUAUAUAAGAGCGUUUGGGCAGAGAGCGAAAACUUUGACGCGCGAUUU